UCCAAAGAGACGCAGUGUUGAGUGUUGGAGGUUUGGAGCAGCCAGGCGGCCACAGUGAGCAUCCCAGGACGCAGCAACAUCAGUGUAGCUGAGGCUCAAACUUUCAGCCGAUCGCUUCACUUCGGACGCUUUUUGGAAAACUUACAACAAUGGGUUGCUUUGAGUGCUGCAUCAAAUGUUUAGGCGGCGUGCCGUACGCGUCGCUGGUGGCCACAAUCCUCUGCUUCUCUGGCGUCGCCCUCUUCUGUGGAUGCGGCCAUGUGGCUCUCACUGGCACCGUGACCAUCCUGGAAACCCACUUCUCCAAGGUCACCAGUGAUCACGCUAUGCUGACUGACAUAAUACAGCUGAUGCAGUAUGUCAUCUACGGCAUCGCUUCAUUUUUCUUCCUGUACGGGAUCAUCCUGCUGGCCGAGGGCUUCUACACGACCAGCGCAGUCAAGGAACUGCACAGCGAGUUCAAGACCACCAUCUGCGGACGCUGCAUCAGUGGAAUGUUUGUGUUCCUCACAUACAUCCUGGGCGUGGCCUGGCUCGGCGUGUUCGGCUUCUCCGCCGUGCCCGUCUUCCUCUUCUACAACAUGUGGUCUACCUGUGCCACCAUGAAGUCUCCCAUGGCCAACCUCACCAGCAUUGACUCCAUCUGUGUGGAUGUUCGUCAGUAUGGAAUUAUCCCAUGGAACGCCACACCAGGCAAGGCCUGCGGAUCUACGCUAGGUAACAUCUGCGACACCAGUGAGUUCUACCUGUCUUAUCACCUGUACAUCGUAGCGUGCGCCGGGGCAGGAGCCACCGUGAUCGCUCUGAUCCACUUCCUCAUGAUUCUCUCAGCAAACUGGGCCUACCUUAAGGACGCCAGUCAAAUGCAUGCCUACCAAGACAUCAAAAUGAAGGAAGAGCGGGAGCUGCAGGACAUCACCUCACGCUCAAAGGAAUGCCUCAAUUCCUACACAUAAGGAUAUCACACACUCCACACAAACACACACACACACGUAAAGACACACAGACACUGCGGCCAGCCACUGUGGCCCGUUUGGACCAAGACGACGCUCAGCUAGAAUAACCUGCCACUGUGACACUGUGCAGUACUAACCAGGCUCCUAACAAACUAAUGCAUCAGUGUUGCUUUCUGCACUAACUCACCAACAAGUGUUUUGGAACUGCUACUUAAAAUUUUAUUUUAUUUUUUGCGAAGGAGAACACAAUUUUGAAUUCAUGCAGUGUUUGAUUCUCUCUAUUCUUUUGUAGCCAGUUUUUUUUUUGCUGGCGAAGCUUGAGACAUUGCACUAUUCUUAUACGACGCAUAACGACGACACGUUUGUCUUUCUUUUUCAACAAGGGAAUGUGACAUUUUUUUAUUUGUUUGCUCAUUUUUUUUCAAUCAAAAAAUGCAGAAUCAUGAUACAUAACAUGAAAGGCCUUAACACUCAGAGUUAGCGUGUCACUUCUAGAUAGCAUGUCAGAAGAACCGUCAAUUUUCUGUAUAAUGUGCUGACACAAGACUACGGCAUGUCACAAGAUGCUGUUUGGCUUUAACUUCACAGUUAACGGAAAGAGGUCAAAUGUAUAAUGUGGUCAAGUAUUUACCUGCAUUUUAAUCCUAGUGAUAAUAUGUGUGAUAAAUAAUUGGUUUUAGACUAUAAUUUACAUUGUAAUUAAAAGUCACAUAGAACAUUCAAUGGCCUACAUUAACACUACCUCAGGUGUGCACUAGAGCCUAUGGAACAAUUUAACUGGAACAAACACCUCUCUCUUGUAUAACUAUGGUUCGGAAAUCACACACACACACACACACACACACACACACCCGGGAGCUCGUCUACAUCACAGUAUCUUAGGAUGUAAUCUUUAUGGAUGAUGCCACAAGAGUAACUUGCUUGCUAAAUGUGAACUGCUGCCAAUAAUUAGAAGGAUAUUCGUAAAAGUUUGGUCCAUGUGAAUUCAUUUAUGCAAAUGGAAAAAAAGAUCAAGGCUUGCCAACACAGAGCUCUCUGAUCCCUCAUAAAUGCUUUUUAGCUCAUUAUCUAUUAUAAUAUCUCAUCAUAUAUUGUAAUAUAUGAUCAAAAUUUACUUGAUUUUGAAAAAUCUUAUAAAACAAGUGUGAUAUGUCCCAUGUGCAUUGGUACUAUGGCGAAAACUACAGAACUUAAGGUGUGAACUUGUUACAAGUCAGGAUUUUUUUUAGUGUUUUCUUAUUUUUUAAAGAUAAAACCACUUAAUUUUUGUUCUUAAUUUUCUAUUAUUGCACCUGUUUUUUGAUGUGCAAUUGUCACAAAAUGCUGACAUAAUUACUCAUGUAAUCUUUUAUUUCUAUUAGUCGAGUUACAGGGAUACGUUUCUUUGUUGCAUGAAGACAACUGUUUCUGCAGUGACACACGUGUGAUGUGCAGUCGUGUAUACUGACAUCAGUAGUAGGCAGUGUUUGCCUGUUUCCUUUUUUAUUCUAAAUACAAAUUAAUCCAUUUUAUGUAGCUGGUUAGUCAUAGUGUUUAGGUUCUUUUCUUCUAGUCUUAUAUUUUUUUGUUGUCUGAUAGUAUACCUGUAUUUUCUAUGAAUGUCAAGGGCUUCCUCGUGAAAUACUUAACUUUUAAUUCAAAUAACAAUUAGUUACAACACCAGUCAUUUAUCAAAUUUGUACGGCAAUCUAAAUGGUGAAUUUAGCCAAAGUAUGAAUGUCAUUGUGACUCUUUCUGCCCAGUGUUUUACACAGUAUCUGUGAGAUAUUGUAGUACAGAACCUGCAUACUGUAGUUCUCUGCGGGACUAAUAGCCACAGGUGUGCAGCGGCCGAGGAGAAAGAUGCCAGAUGUGCAUCUCAUCUCUGUAUGCUGUGUUUCCUGUUGAACGAACCAAAAACUAAAGAAUAAAAGGCUACCUAUCAAUCACCAGGAGGACAACAAUCCAGCAUCCUGUCUGACUGGAAACCCCUUUAUGACAUUACUCAACAAGCCUGUUGACUCUUUUUAUGAAAAUAAAAAAAACAACAUAAAACAAA